AUGGAUGCCGGUGGACGCAAAAGGAAGAAGUUUGCCAGAAAAACGUACUUAACCUUUGCCAUCAUAUCAGCAGCAGCUUUGGGCCAAUGGAUUAUAGUCUGCUUCGUGGAAGGCGCUCGUAAGAUUUUCGGUAGUUUUUACCUAGUAAAUUCGGUCACUUUUGUCCUGGCUGGCCUACUCUUCCUGAUUUUUAUGUUCAACAAAAAUGUUCGCAGCCACAGGAUUUAUAGCUGGAUUUUUGCAAUUAUCAUCAUUGAACUGGGAAUAUUUUCAAUGUAUGUGCUAGUGGCACGAACUUGGGUUCCUGAGAUGUUGGCCUAUUACUUUUUUUGCCUCCUUCUAAUGACCGCUGCCCUGAUCAUAGGCUGUAAUCUUUCCUUUUCGAUGGACUUAACUCAAUUAAUAGCUCCUCUAUUCAUCUUUAGCUUUAUAUUAUUCCUAGCCUCUGCCUAUUUUCUGGUGGCUCAUGUCUUCUACCCAGCCAUGGUGCCUUAUGCCUUUUUGGUUUUUGAGAUUUGCAUAACUGGUGUAAUGAUAACGAACGUUAUGCUACAUGCUCAAACUAUUAAGGGAGAUCGCUGGGUCCAGAUGAGCCUGGAUGACUGCCUUUUGGCCGCCUUGAUGCUUUUUCACGAGUUUCUGGUCAUUUACGCUUUGACCUUCUACUGGCAGAUUAACAUUCACUAUUUCACAUCCUCUGACUAUUUCUGGUUGUCGACAAGUACGAAAUCAUCACAUGGAACGACUCCUCUUAAUGCUGAUUAUGAUGAUUAUGAUGUUCGCCCACCUGGUGAUGAGUGGAAUAUUAAUAAUGAAACCAGCUAUGAUUGGGCAGCAGAUAGCUGGGAUUUAUCAAAUGAGCUGCAAAUGAAAUGAAAUGAAAU